AUGGGCACAGGGUGGCGGCGAAGCCAGGGAAGUCCCCUCCGCCCCAGCUCCCCACAGCCAGAUCCGGUGCCUUCAGGGCCAGAGAGACAACUGCGCGCCCGGGCCGCGCAGGUGUUCACCUCCCCAGCCCGCCGCCGGCAGGUGCCCCGCGGCCGCGGAGAGGAGCGCGCGGCCACCGGGACCUACCUGUCUGCCGUGCGCCCUCGUGGCUGCGCCCGGGGAACCUCGGCCAGGCGGUGGGGCCGAGCCGCGCUGUCCUGGAGCCGCGCGGGUCCGCCCGCCCGCUCGCCACUUCCGCAUCACCCGCCCCCGCCCCUGGGCCGCGGCCGCCCAGCCUCGGUGCGCCGGCAGCGCCCCGCCCUGCCCCGCAGAGCCACCCUGGGGUCCCCGCGCAGACGCAGCGACCGAGGGACGGGGCUGAGCCUCGGGCCAGGCUGGUUCCCCUGCAGCUCAGGGCCUGGCGGAGACGCGCGGUAG